UUCGAACUACGGUUAUCAGUCUGUGCAGAUCAUAGGCACCAAGUCAUCUCUCAACUGGAAAAUGUUUACCGAAGCAGAUCAGAGUUCCAACUUCCGGACUGCUGUCCCGGUGAAGAGCUCUCUCACUGGCGCCGCCACCAACAUGAAGAAGCUCCUGAAGACCAUCAGGAGAAUCUUCACCCAGUCGAAAGCGGGCAAGGACCUAAGAAAGAUCCGCCACACAUGCCACAGCGAAGAGGAGCAUCAAAACUGGCUCAACGAGCAACUGGAGUGCAGCAAAAUCUCUCUCCACUGAGGCAAGAUUGGGGUUACCUCUGAAAAUCUGUGAUGAGACUUGCUUGCAUGGUCGAUAAAUGUGCACGCUGGCUUUAAACUCCAACUGUGAUAAAUAGAGCACAAGACUGACCUGCUUCUGUGCCUUUUUCACUGUACAUGCUGCACUAAACACAUUUACUUACAUACAUACAUAUGGAUGUGUAAAAUAUAGAUGUACGUCUUCAAAUGCUUUAACCUUACUUAAGUAAUAGCUAUAAUCAUUGUCUUCCACUAGGUUUAGGAUAAUUGUCUUCCAUGUUUGUUUGUUUAGGGUUCAAAAUUAGGCCUAAGAAUAAAAAUUCCCUCGAGGAAAAAAAAAUCA